UAUUUUAAGCUAUUAUUAUAUAUUCCGUGACAGAAAAUUUGAAAGGAAACAGAUUAUCAUGAUGUGGUCUAGUAAUAUGUAGGGUUGUGACGUCAUACCACAGUAUGAUCCUAAGUGUGAUGGAUAAUCUGUGUGAAGGAUGCCAAGUGCAAGAAAGUAGACUUGAGAUAGAGACGACUACACAACUACUAGACUUGUAAUAAAUGGGAUAAGGCCAAGCGAAUCGUUAUAUUAUUGAUAACUUUAUAUUUGUGGAUAUAAAAUACGGUAACUGUUAUAAAUGUACCUGUAAUUGAUAGAUGCUGCUGCAAACACAAAAUUGGUGUUGCUCAUCGCUGUGCAAACCACUGGAAGCAAAGCGAGUAGACACUGCCACACUUGGUACCUUCCAAAACCACUCACCAGCUCUGAUAAACUUUCCCCGAUUGAUACUUUCACCACAUCAUCGGACUUUUCCAUUUCCAUUAUCAUUUUGAGCACAUAAAUACAAUAAAGCAGUCAAUAUAAUAAAUUGGACAAAUAUUUCUUCUGCAGUGAACCUAUCGCGAUUACACUUUAAGGUAGAAAACAGAGUAUGGUCAAUAGCAGGAAAGCAAGUGUAUUUGAAAAACCCUUAGAUCUUGAUGAUGUGUUGGUUAAGGAGUUAGGACAGUUUGGACUGUUCCAGUUGAAGAACAUUGCCCUUGUCGCAAUACCUAUCAUUAUGUCAGCGUUUAUGAGUGAAUUCGUUUUUUCUGCGGCUGCUGUACCACACAGAUGUCGUAUUCCAGAAUGUGGAGAGGAUGGAAAAUUGCACGAAUAUGAUCCGGAGUGGAUCUUAAAUGCUGUACCGGAGACGGACUCGGGAUUUUCCAGCUGUCAAAGAUACGUUUCUCGAGGUGUAGGUACUAAUGGUUCUCUCGAUUAUUGUCCAGCUAAUCUCUUCAACAACUUGGAAACUGUUGAGUGUGACGGUUACGUGUAUGCGAGAGACAACUCCGUUGUGUACGAGUUUGAUCUCGGGUGUCAAGAUUGGCUUCGUGCGUUAGCAGGUACUCUUAACAGCAUAGGAACAUUGCUAGUGCUGCCGAUCACUGGUUACGUUUCCGAUCGAUUUGGUCGCAAGUGGGCUCUAAUAAUCAGCGUCUUCAAUUUGGGUCUCAUCGGUCUCAUCCGCGCCUUCUCCGUCAAUUACACCAUGUACAUGAUUCUUCAAAUCUUACAAACUACACUCGGAGCAGGGACAUUUAGUUCUGCCUAUAUUUUUGCUACUGAACUUGUUGGUCCGAAAUAUCGUGUACUUACAAGUGCCACAUGUUCGUCAAUGUUUGCGGUCGGACAAGUAAUACUUGGUGGAGUCGCUUGGUUGAUCCAUCCCUGGCGGUACAUGAUAAUGGCCCUUCACAUUCCUUGUUUACUUAUUAUUGGCUACUACUGGAUUUUGACAGAAAGUGUGAGGUGGCUCCUUUCAAAGAGGAAGUUUGUUGAAGCGAAGAACGUUCUGGAGACCGUUGCGAGGGUAAAUAAGACGCAUAUCAGUGAAAAAAGCUUGGAAGCAUUGAUGAACACAUCGCAACCGUCCGUUUCAGCUGUUGAAGUGUCUGAUGUUGAAAAGCCUGGGUUGGUUCGGAAUAUAGUAAAUUCUCGGACUUUACUUCGCCGAGUAUGCACCACUCCUAUCUGGUGGAUCACCACCACAUUCGUGUACUAUGGGCUGUCCAUCAACUCGACUGGUCUCUCUGAUACAAUGCACUUGAAUUACAUUCUGACAUGUGCUAUUGAAAUUCCUGGCUUUUAUACUGCAGUUCUCGUACUUGACAGAAUCGGUAGAAAGGCCACACUCUCGACAGGAUUUUUCUUCAGCGCUGCGUGUAAUAUAGUUUUCGUCUUUAUUCCCAACGAUUUAUAUGUUCUGCGUUUGAUCAUCUUCUUGCUGGGUAAGUUUGGGAUCUCAGUAGUGAUGACGUCAGUGUACCUGUUCACUUCGGAAUUGUAUCCCACUGAGUUCCGUCACAGUCUGCUCGCUUUCUCGUCAAUGAUCGGUCGCAUAGGAUCCAUCACAGCUCCGCUAACUCCUAUACUUACGGUGUAUUGGCACGGCAUCCCCUCGAUGUUAUUUGGCGGUAUGGGUAUCAUCGCUGGUCUGCUAGUGCUCACACAACCCGAAACUUUAGGCACGAAAAUGCCAGAUACGCUAGCUGAAGCUGAAGCUCUUGGCAAGAAGGACUCCAAACUUGAACGAUCGAGCUGAUUGUAAUAUUCUACGGAUCUGUAUUUUUUGUUAAGAAAUGUUUCAUACGCCUUAUGUUUUGUAGAACAACUAAAGUUUAAUUGAAAUAAAUAACAUCUUUAACUAUAAUAAUUGUAAAUAUUAAGCUAGAUCUUACAAUAAAGUA